GUAGAGGCUACUUGCACCAAAAAUACCAUUAGGGAGAGAACUAGCUAAACGAAGAGGGAGAGAGAGAGAGAGAGAGAGAGAGAGUGAGAGAUGGCGGGUGCAUUCUGGGGAACACGAUUGAUGGAGAUAGUGAAGAAGCAUGACUCCGGAGGUCUUGUUUGGAAGAGAAUAAAGCUCACACCUACUCGUAAGGCCAACGCCAAGAAGCGUCUCCUUCGCGUUUGGCAGAAUGAAGCUGUCUUGAGGGCUUGUUCUGAAGAACCUCCUUCAAAAGCUGCUGAAAAAGUUUGUGAAAAAGCAAAGGAAGUUGCCAAGAGUGAGUGAGAUUAUGAACACUUGGAAGGAGUAAUAUAAUUUUUGCCCACUUUGUUUCUCUUUUCAACUGUUUGGUAUAAACUAAAAACUAUCAUGUUUUGUUUUGUUUGAUGUUUGAGGAUAAAGUCUUACUCAACUCAAACAUUAACAACAAAUGCUUCUGCAUUUGUAGAAUCCACUAGAUUAAUGUGAUAAUAUCAUUUUUUUUUAAUGAAUACAAAUAUGUAAGACUCAUGGAGAUCAUAAAUAUACAUUUGAUGGAGCACGAUAUAAUGUCAGAUUGUCGUUUUAACU